AUGCUCUGGGGGGGCUUCCUCCUGCUCUGCCUGCUCCAAGGGGCGCUGGGUGCAGGACGCCCCCCCGGCAGCGAGGGACGGAGCGCCCGGGGCGCGGCCGAGGGGACCCGCAUCAGCCAGGACCUGGGGGGCGGCAGCCUGGCCAUCGACACCCUGCCCGCCAACGAGACCCGCAUCGUGGAGGACAACCACAGCUAUUACGUGUCGCGCUUCUACGGCCCGGGGGACGCGCGGCGCCGCGGGCUCUGGGUGGACCUGGCGGCCGCCAACGGGAGCCACGUCAGGGUGCACGGGAUCCUCUCCAACACGCACCGGCAGGCCUCGAGGAUUGUCCUGUCCUUUGACUUCCCCUUCUACGGCCACCUCCUGCGGCAGGUCACCAUCGCCACCGGCGGUUUUAUCUUCACGGGGGACGUCAUCCACCGCAUGCUCACGGCCACCCAGUACAUCGCGCCCCUCAUGGCCAACUUCAACCCCAGCUACUCCCGAAAUUCCACCGUGCAGUACCUGGACAACGGGACGGUGUUUGUGGUGCAGUGGGACAAGGUUUACCUGCAGGGCAAGGAGGACAUGGGCAGCUUCACCUUCCAGGCCGCGCUGCACAGCAGCGGGAGGAUCGUCUUCGGCUACAAGGAGAUCCCAGUGCCAGUCCUGCAGAUCAGCGCCAGCCAGCACCCGGUGAAGGCCGGGCUCUCCGACGCCUUCAUGGUGCUCAACCCCGCUCCUGAUGUGCCUGAGUCGCGGCGCCGCACGAUCUAUGAGUACCACCGUGUGGAGCUGGACACCAGCAGGAUCAGCAGCCUGUCCGCCGUGGAGUUCACCCCACUGCCCACCUGCCUGCAGCACCAGAGCUGUGAAACGUGCCUGAGCUCAGAACUGACCUUCAACUGCAGCUGGUGCCACGUCCUGCAGAGGUGCUCCAGUGGCUUCGACCGGUACCGGGAGGAGUGGCUGAGCUACGGCUGCGGCCAGUCGGAUGAAAGGACCUGUGAGGAUCUGGCAGAGGGCGGCCGCUACUCGGCGCCCCCGGGCUCCGUGUCCGUGUCGGUGUCACCCGGCGCUGUCACCUCCCCCACGGCCUCGCUCUUCCUCGACAGCCUCACCACUGAAGAUGACACCAAACUCAACCAGUUUGCAGGAGGAGAGGGUACAGGGAGCAGCCUGCCCUCUCGGGGCGCGGGUGCCCCGAUCCCCACGGGCACCGUGGUUGGCAUCGUGGUGGCCGUGCUGGUGCUGGCCGGGGCCAUCCUGGCCGGGAUCUACAUCAGCGGCCACCCCACGUCCAGCGCCGCCCUCUUCUUCAUCGAGCGGCGGCCGCACCGCUGGCCCGCCAUGAAAUUCCGGAACCACGGCAACCACGGCUCCUACGCCGAGGUGGAGGCGGCCAGCCAGGAAAAGGAGGGGUUUGUGGAGGCCGAGCAGUGCUGA